AUGGCUAAGCGGAAGUCGAAGAUAGACCACCAAAAAAGCAAGCGUUUCCAGAAGGAUAACGACCUCCUCACUCCUGGUUCUUUCAAGGCAAAAUCUGCCGAAGAUGACUGGGAAAAUGAGGAACAAAGUUUCGAAUUGCAGCCCAGAAAGGGCGAUACAACACGCCAAGUAGAAGCUUUGCCCAUCAAGAGAGGCGGAAAGGUCGAGCGUGUUGUACGUGAUGUAGUUCCAAAAGAAAUUGAGAAAGAUGAAGAAUCAGAGGAGGAAUUGGUAGAUACCGAAGAACCUCAAGAAGAAGAGCCAGCCCAGCUAGCAGCUCAGGAACCAGAAGGACCCAAGUUAACUCCACAAGAACGUUUGCUCAAAAUCAAAGAGGAAAUCGCCCGUCUAGCGUCUAGAGUGUUGGAGGAUCCUGAAGAGAAUGUGUCUUCCUUAGUAACAUUGAGAAAACUCACAUUGGCACCUGAGGUGGCCACAAGUAGACUUGCCAUCUUGGCUCUUAUCCCUGUGUUCAAAUCGUUGGCUCCAGGUUACAGAAUCAGAGCGUUGACCAGCGCAGAGGAGAAGGAGAAGGUCAGUAAAGAUGUGGCCAGACAAAGAAAGUUCGAGCAGACUCUUGUCACUAAUUAUAGAGACUACGUCGAGCUUUUGGGCACCCAAGCGCGGAUUUCGGCCCUGAACUCGCAAAACAGCAAAAACGUGACUCCACAACAGAUCAAGCUGGGACAAAUCGCCGCCAAGGCAGCCUGUGAGCUCUGUAACUCGUCGUUGCGUCAUUUCAACUACAACGAGGAGCUUUUCACCAUCCCCAUCAGACGUCUUAAUAGAAAGCCAGCUCUUGCGUCUGAUCUAGAGGUGUUCACUAUGAGUCUCCGAACAUUGGAGACACUUCUCAAAGACGACAAAGAGCACGGUAGUCUCACACAUACCAUCGUGAGAAUUCUCUGCAAAGUAAUCAAAGACAAGAAGUUCCGCGUUGACGAGGCAGUGAUCAAUGUAUUCUUGAGUGUGGCGCUUCUUGACGAUUACGACCCAAACAGCGUAAAGAAGGAUGCAGCACCUAAGAUGAAAAAGAAGGAUAGAGUGCAUUUGUCUAAGAAACAGAGAAAACAGAGAAAGGAGCUCAAGGGUAUCGAGGAGGAGAUGCGUAAAGCCGAGCAAGCCAUAACUGCAGAAGAAAGAGAAAGAUUUCAAUCGCAAACUCUUAAACUGGUGUUGACGCUUUACUUGGAGAUCUUGAAGGUGGCCUCCUUGGGAGAAGACACCUCUGCCAAAAGUCUUGUGGCCGCAGUCAUGGAGGGACUUGCUCGUUUUGGUCAGAUGGCCAACUUCGAUCUUCUUGGAGACUUCCUCGAAGUGUUGAAGGAGACAAUGAACAAUAUCACUGAAGAGCACUCCAUACAGACCGAGUUGUAUGGAAUUCCACAAAAUGUGGAUGACGAUGACAGCACUGGUGGUCUCUACACCAGUGAGGACGUGCGGAAACUUCUUCUUUGUAUCAGUGCUGCUUUCUCGUUGGUUCUCAAUCACGGAGAGGCUGGCCGUCUUCCUAUCUCGUUUGACCUCUCGUCGUUCAUCACCACCUUGCAUCUUAUUCUCGUGGACGUCGCAGUAAGCCCCGAUCUUGAGUUCUCGCAUAAAUCCUUACGUCUCGCGGACCCAUUAUCGGAGUCCGAGGUUCCAGACAAGCCUGCUGUGAAUGUUUCGACCAACGCCGAGCUUCUCAUUAAGUGUCUUGACCUUAUAUUCUUCCGCUCGAGAAAUGGCUCCUUGGCGCGGGCAUUGCCAUUCGUUAAAAGAUUAUAUAUCUCUCUCUUGCAGAUGCCCGAGAAGACCUCCAUUGCCAGUUUGAAGUUUGUUGCCAAACUCGUGGGCAAAUAUGGAAGCGGGUUGAAUUCGAUGUGGAGUUCUGAGGAUCGUGUAGCAUCAGAGGGUGGAUACAUUCUUGGAAUCGAAAAGGAAGGCGUGGAAGUGGAGAUGGAGAGAAACAACAUUGGAUCUGCGGUAUUGUGGGAGAACGUUUUGCUCGAUAAACAUUACUGCAACAUCAUCAAGGACGGUGCCCGGAGCAUAAUGAAGAACAGUAAGGAGAAUGGUUCUAAAUAG